AUGUCUCACCGGCUUGUCCGCCUGGCUUCCAAGACCCUUAAAACCACGUUUGUGGGGCUCCAGAAUUCGGUACUUGGCGUCGACCAGUUUCGCGGCAUCCAGUUUGGCGAAAUCCACCGCCGUUGGACUGAUCCACGACUUGUAACAACUUAUCCAACCCCAACCUACGAUGCAACCCGGUACGGUCCCAUUGCACCACAGCCGCCAGAGGAUGUCCACGGGUACUAUGCAGUCGAAAGCUCCGUAGCACUUCCCUUUGAAGAAUUUAAAAUUCAAGAUGAGUUUAAGCUUUUGAACCUUACAAUUACUCGUCCCACAACGGCGGCAGGGAACGAAAAAAAGCUACCAGUGGCUGUGUUUAUUCAUGGCGGAUCUAACGCAACAGGUUCCGCAGCAAACCCACUAUAUGAUCCUUCCAAACUUGUUGCGAGGUCAAUAGAAAUUGGCGAGCCCAUCAUUGUCGUGAGUCUGCAGUACCGGCUAGGUGCAUUAGGGUUUCUUUACAUUAAUGGGCAGGGCAAUUGGGGGCUCAAGGACCAGCGUGUUGGGUUGGAAUGGGUGAAUCGAUUUAUUUCCGAAUUUGGCGGAGAUACUGAAAACAUUUCUGUUUAUGGGUUGUCUGCAGGUGCUUGCGACGUGUAUUACCAAACGCUUAUUUCGGCCAUGGCACCUAAAGACCAAAAGCCUCUGUUCCACCGGGUCGGCAUGAUGAGCGGUGUGGGAAACACAAUGCGGUUACUUUCGAUAGAGCGUCAGAAAAAAAACACCUUGGAAAUGUACAAGCACUUGAUCGGGCCUUCUAAAGAUGAAAAGUCUGUAGAUUUAGAGCUGCUGGAAAAGUUACCUGUGGAAAAGAUUGUUGAAUACGGGCUUGACCAUAAUGGGAUCAUCAAAGUUUGGUUUGGAACCGCUGAUGGAGAUUUAUUCCCCACAGAUAUGGAUCUUAUCCCAGAUACCGCAACCGCGUUCCCGGAAUCAGUUCUGGUCAGUGAUACCAAAGAUGAAGGGUUGCUCAUUAAGGAGUUUGUCGAUACAAUUGACAAGGACAAGCUGCACUCGACACUUAAAAGUUUAGAUCCUGUAGGCCCCAAAAUUGCAGCAACUUAUGGCAUCAGCAACGAUAUGCACGAUGGAGUCAUGAGUUUUUACGCGGAUCACUUGUUUAGCUACCCGAUCCACCAGUUUGCCGAGUACUUGUCAAACAAUACGAAAUCAGCAGUGUACCGCACCUGCUUCGAUACCUUGAACCCGUUCAAUGAAAUAUUUGGUGCCCAGCACGGUGUAGAUAUCUUGUACCUGUGCGGAACCUAUGUCGGGCUUCAUCCAAAUACUCACACAAAAGCGCGUGCCGUGUCACAACAACUCCAGGAUACAUGGAUUCGGUUUUUUAAUACGGGUCGUGCGUGGCAAGAUGCCACUAAAGUAUGCCAUUUUAAACAAGACUAUACAAAGGAGUAUUUAGAUGUUGCAGGGUUAGAGAAAACACGUCGGCUCGGACACUUUGAGGUCCAUGACAAGGUCGGCUACAAGGGCAUGGCCCAUGCUCUUGGAAACAUUUUCAAGUUAUAA